ACCCCCAUGUACUUCUUCCUCCUCAACCUUGCCGUCCUUGAUUCAGGAUCUGUCUCCACCAUUAUGCCCAAAUCCAUGCAGAGGUUUCUCUCCUCACCAUCAUGUCCUAUGAUCGCUACUUUGGCCAUCUGCAGACCCCUGCGCUAUGAGACCCUCCUGGGCAGCAGAGUUUGUGUCCACAUGGCAGCAGCUGCCUGGGGCAUUUGUUUUUUCUAUUCUCUGCUGCACACAGCCAAUACAUUUUCCCUGCCCCUCUGCCAGGGCAAUGCUGUGGAACAGUUCUUCUGUGAAGUCCCCCAGAUCCUCAAGCUCUCCUGCUCCACAUCCUACCUCAGAGAACUUUGGCUUCUUGUGGUCAGUAGCUGGUUGGUAUUUGGCUGUGUUGUGUUCAUUGUGGUGUCCUAUGCGCAGAUCUUCAGGGCAGUGCUGAGGAUCCCCUCUCAGCAGGGACGCCACAAAGCCUUUGCCACCUGCUUCCCUCACCUGGCUGUGGUCUGCCUGAGCUUUCGCACUGGCAUCUUUGCCUUCAUGAAGCCUCCCUCCAUCUCCUCUCCAUCCUGGAACUUGAUUUUGUCAAUUCUGUACUCAGUGGUGCCUCCAGCAUUGAACCCUCUCAUCUACAGCCUGAGGAACCAGGAGCUGAAGGCUGCCCUGAGCGAACUGAUCCCUGGAUGUUUUCAGAAGCAAUAA